AUGGAGAACCACGACUCUACCGACCCCAAAGACCCUGCGAACUUCCUUUCCUCGAUCAUCGGUGUCCCUGUGACCGUGAAGCUGAAUUCUGGCGUCAUCUACAAAGGCGAGCUGCAAUCUGUGGACGGAUACAUGAACAUCGCGCUGGAAAAGUGCGCGGAAUACGUCAAUGGCCAGUUGCGGCGAAGCUAUGGAGAUGCGUUUGUCAGGGGAAAUAAUGGUACGCUGCAUUUUUCGUUAGCACCCUAA